UAUUGUGAUCAAAUAUCUAGAAGGGAUCAUGUGAUAUCAGGAAAUUUAUAUAACCCUUUUUCCAUCGUUUAUCGUUACACCCUUGAGUACCAUGUAAGAACAUCACUUUCCUUUCUUAAACUCUUCCAAUAUAUAAAGUCCCUUGUGAAAACCUCACUCUGCUCAGCCCCCUCCAACAUAGUCACAUUUGUCCCUCAGUUUCGUUUCUCUUCCUUAUCCAGCAUAAGUAUGUAUGCAGACACACUGCUAUUCUAUUCUGUGAUGACUAAGGCACACAGCACUGUUAUCCCGAGGCUCUUCCCCAAAAGGCCACACCUUUUACUUGCCAGAAACAACUCUAUUCUAGACACGACAACAACACCACUACCGCAGUUCCAUUCUAGACACAACCCUAAACGGGAAAAAUGGAUAAAGAAAGAACCGAUAAGAGAGGCCGUGACCAGGACACAUCAGAUUUUCCAUGGUCCAAGGACCCUAAUAAUUCGUCUACUUUAAAAACACAUCCCUCCUACUACUUCUUCGAUCCGCCUUUAAACAGGAAGCCUUCGGAAAUGGGUUAUUUCUCUCUGGAUGGGAAAGGAUGUUACCAUGGUGAUGCCCGACGCCUCCGUUAUUUUAUUCCCCCCGCAAGGAUGGAUAGUGGAGGAUCUUCUCUUGGGUGGGAUCUGAGAGACGGAUUUGAAGAUCGCUAUGUACCAUGUAACGAGGACAUAAAAUUGGGACUUGAGCCUAUCUUAACAUGGGUGAAAGACAACAGGGGACUCUUGCAAGGGAAUGGAGGCUCUAAUAGCAACAGGCCGGUGGACCAAGACUUUGUCACCAGGCGGGGUCUCCUAAGUAAGAUCAUGUGCACCCCAUAUGAGCCCUAUGAUAACUGGACUCUGGCUGUAACUCUUUUUAAGGGGACCCUGUAUAUCGAUAACAGGGAGACUGCAGAUGCUUACAAGAAGAGGAAAGGGAGGACUCAGGACCAGGCAAAGUUAAUGUACGGUGGAUAUAAGUUUGAGAGCUACUUGUGUGCAGAUUCUCCUGAUGGUACUCCUCAACCGCAUGAGGUUGUGAACACCAAUGAAGCAUUUUGCAGCGUCCUACAUGGCUGUCUGGCAUCCCAUUCCUUCCUGGUUUCUGGAGAGGUGGACUGCAAAGACCAGAACAGUGCUAACCCUUCACCUCCAUCCUGCUACGUAGAGCUGAAGACGAGUGCCCAGAUACGGAGCCAACACCAAGAUCGCAACUUUCGCAGCUAUAAGCUCCUGAAGUGGUGGUGCCAGUCCUUCCUGCUUGGGAUCCCUGUCAUUGUCGCCGGAUUUCGGAAUCAACAAGGAAGAAUCGUAUCUGUAGAGAAGUUCAAAACUUCGGAAAUCCCUCAGAUAGCACAGAACUGGGAUCCAGUCGUGUGUUUGAACUUCUGUAACGCCUUCCUCAAUUAUAUCAAGAAAGUGGUGACCACCGAUGACCCCAGGGUUGUCUUCCUCUUCUCCUGGGAGCCGGGUCAAGACGUCACUUAUACUAAAGAAGAAGCUCCUUCUCAGUAUGUCCUCCCAGAUUGGUAUGUGCAGGAACUGUCACAGAUUUAGGUCCGGAAAAUGAAGACACUGAACUACAAUACCCUACUGGUACAACAGGGGCUGAGGUCUUGUCUUCUGAAGUGUGACAGCAUGGAAAGAUGGCGCUGUAGUAGUAACGCUUAUCAAGGCAUUGACUUUUCUUUACACUAAAUAUCAACUCAAAUCACUCAUGGUAAUGAACACUUAUACUUCAUCACUGGAAGGAACUUGUUGUCUCCAAACUACGGUAGUUGAAAACUACAACUCCCAACAUAACCAGGGGAAGAUCGAACACCAGCAUAGGAAAGAUUUAAUUCACGGCUACCAGAGGAUACACCAAAAAAGUUAAAGGGGUAAUCCGGUGAAAACCUUUUUUCUUUUAAAUCAACUGGUG